AUGGGAGAUUCAUUGCACCUGCGCAGUAAUGUCACGGUGAUUGGCGCAGGGAAAGACACAGUUUUGCGCAAAGGGAGCGGACAUAUCUCCCCGUUGGUUACGGAUGGCGAUUACGGCGAAGAACAGAUCACGGUUGUAGAUGGGUCAGGGUUUAAAGUCGGGAUGGGCGUAACCGUGCAAGAUGAUCGCUCCGGCGGCUUUCAUACCACAGUCGGAACGAUUAUCGCUCGCGUGGAUGAGAACACCUUUAUCAUCAACAGUCCGCUUCAAGCCGAUUGCAUGGUGCACAAUAACGCGAUUGCCAAAAACACGUUCCCGCUCCUCAGCGGCUAUUACGCGGAAAACAUACGCAUCGAAGGUGUAACGGUUGACGGAAACCGGGCGGACAACGCGGACCUGAACGGCUGUCGGGGCGCAGGCAUUUUCUUCUAUCGCGUCAACAAUUCACAAAUCCACAAUUGCACCGUUCACGACUAUAACGGCGACGGGUUCAGUUUUCAACAAAGCAGCAACAUCUCGAUCGAAAACUGCGUCUCGCAUCAUAACACGGGCUUGGGAUUUCAUCCCGGCAGCGGCUCACAGCGCCCGACGAUACGGAACAACGCAGCUUACGAAAAUAGAGACGAUGGCCUAUUCCUCUGCUGGCGGGUGCGUCAUGGGACCUUUGAAGGAAAUGAGCUUCGGGGCAACGGUCGAUAUGGCAUUUCGAUCGGUCAUAAGGAUUCUGAUAAUCUCUUGCGGGGGAAUACAGUGAUUGGCAAUGCGAAUCACGGCGUCUAUUUUCGGAACGAGCCGGAGUACACGGGUGGACAUCGGAAUCGGCUGGAGGGGAACAAAAUCUACAACAACGGCACGAACGGAAAGGGCAGCGGCAUCUACAUUGAUGGUGAGACCAACGACACAGUGAUUGUUGGCAAUGAGAUCGGCAAUCAAUCGGAGGUUGGCGAUUCAACGCAACGCUUCGGUGUCGUGAUUGGGGCGAAAGCAAAGCGGGUGAAACUGGAAGGGAAUCGGCUGGAAAGAAACUUAGAUGGAGAGAUAAAAAGAAAAUAA